AUGGUGGGCAUGAGAAAGAAAAGCUAUAGCGAUGAUAUCAUCGGUCCUGGAGGAAAAGAAGAUGGUAGUGAGAAGAAGCUGAAGAGUAGUAAAGAGCAGUUGCUUCCGGCGAUGAUAAAGAACAAGGCGAAGAGAUCGGUCGUCCACGCCGGGCUCAAGCACCAGAAGAAGCUCGAGAAGCGCAAGAAAGCUAAGGCUUGUGAAGCUGCCGAGAAGAGAGCUCUUGAGAUCGGGGAGGAGCCUCCACCAAAGAAGAUCCCCCGCACAAUUGAGAAUACCAGGGAGUCUGAUGAGACUAUUUGCGAGCCGGACGAUGAAGAGCUCUUUGCUGGUAACGAUGCAGAUGAAUUUAGCUCAAUUUUGAAGCAGGAAAGCACUUCAAAAAUAUUGAUCACUACUUGCCGCUUCAAUUCUACAAUUGUGGAAUAUGCAAAGAAGAAGGACUUCACUUCUAUUAUAGUUGUCCACACUAACCACCAUGAACCAGAUGCUUUCCUAGUUAUUUGCUUACCUGAUGGACCUACAGCCUAUUUCAAACUCUCAAGGCUUGUUUUGCAGAAGGAUAUUAAGAUCCAAAUUUUCGUGGUCGGCGAGCUUAAAGAAAGUAAACAAAGUGAUUCAAAAGGUAUAAAAGGCAAGGAUGCUCAGGAUGAUAAAAGUGCUAAGAAGAAAAUAGUUGCUCGGCUUCAGGAAUGUGGCCCUCGUUUCACACUGAAGUUAAUCAGUGUGCAGCAAGGGACAUUUGAUACAAAAAGCGGGGAAUAUGAGUGGGUUCACAAGUUAUUGGUCCUUGAAUGGAAGCCUUGUUCAGAAGGGUUUUUUUUUGGUGCGGGUACGAGGAUGUGGUCAGAUUUUCGUGGUCAGAAUUUCAUGUUCAACGCUUGCAACUUGAAUGGUAUUGCUGAUUUGAUGAAGAAAAAUCAAGGCAGUACCGAUGCAACACUACGGAUAGGUAUCUUUCAAGAGGCAAAAUUAUCGGGUCAUGGUUGUUGA